GAUUUGAGCCCCUCCCACAAAUAUUUGCUGUGAGCAAAAUGGCCUCUUCGCCUUUGGAAUAUACAAAGAAAGUGAUCGUUAUAGGAGACUCAGCCGUGGGGAAGACCUCUUUCAUAGCUCGUGUUACGGAGGGAAGGUUUAUCAGCGAUCACAAAGCGACUAUAGGAGUCGAUUGUGCUGUGAAGUCUAUCAAGAGAGGAGAAAGCACAACCAUCAGAUUAGCAUUAUGGGAUAUUGGAGGUCAAGAAGCAUUCCGUGGUUUAAUGCCACAGUUUGCUAGAGGUAGCUCUGGCAUUAUAAUAGUGUGUGAUGUUACAAGAAAGGCUACAGUGGAUGCUGUGAGGAUAUGGAAGAAUGAAGCAGAUAAAGUACUAACAAAAUUACCACCUUGUAUCUUACUGGUGAAUAAGUUUGAUCUACCAAAGCACAUUCAUUCGGUGAGCAUAGAGGAACUGGAUACUCUUACUGAGGAAUGCAAACUCAGUGGUUGGUUUCAGACCUCAGUAAAAGAGAAUGUUAACCUGCAAGUAUCACUUGAAGAUUUGUCUGAUCUAAUGGUUCAGUUUGAUGAAGGCUCCCUUCAAGAUAAUGACACCAUUACAACACUACAGAGGCAGUAUCAUGCAGAGAAGAGAAACUGCAUGUGCGAUUAACAAAGAGGGAGAGAGAGAGAACGAGUAAAAUAUAAAUUUUCAAUGUGUAUUGUUAUAUAAUUAUGAUAUGAUGUUAUUUUUAUUACCAAGUUUCAAUUGGUUUUUACAUUAAAAAUUUCACGUCCUUUGUAUUAUUAGACCUAGCA